AUGGCCUGCUGCGCUACUAGUUUCUGUGGCUUUCCCACUUGUUCCACUGGCGGCACCUGUGGUUCUAACUCCUGUCAGCCCAGCUGCUCCCAAUCCAGCUGCUGCCAGCCCAGCUGCUCCCAAUCCAGCUGCUGCCAGCCCACCUGCACCCAGUCCAGCUGCUGCCAGCCCACCUGCACCCAGUCCAGCUGCUGUCAGCCCACCUGCACCCAGUCCAGCUGUUGUCAGACCAGCUGCUGCCAGCCCAGCUGCUGUGGUACUGGCAGUGGCCAGGAGAGUGGCAGUGGAGCCCUGAGCUGCCGUGUUAGAUGGUGCCGCCCUGACUGCCGCGUGGAGGGCACCUGCCUGCCUCCCUGCUGUGUGGUGAGCUGCACACCCCCAACGUGCUGCCAGCUGCACCAUGCCCAGGCCUCCUGCUGCCGCCCGUCCUACUGUGGACAGUCCUGCUGCCGUCCAGCCUGCUGCUGCCACUGUUGCGAGCCCAGCUGCUCUAAGCCCAGCUGCUCUGAGCCCAGCUGUUAA